UCUACAGUGAGAAUAAGAAAAGGUUCACUGAUUAUAUGUCCUUGACUCAUGAGAGCACAAGUCUUGGAGAACAACAGUGAAAUACAGAAUUUUUCAUUAUACAUCAUAUCUUUGUUGUCUGUAUCUUCUAGGUGUUCACGUUUUACAGCUUAUGCAAGGCUGUGAAUGGGAUGAAGAGACUGGAGAGGUCACUGGUUUCUUAAAGUAUGGUUAUGAUGGAGAAGACUUCAUUUCUCUGGAUCUGAAGACAUUAAAAUGGGUCGCUCUCAAACCUGAGGCCAUCUCCAUCAAACUGAGAUCGGAUUCAGACACAGACAAUAUAAAAUUAAUUGAGCAUUUCUUCACUCAGACUUGUCCUAAUUGGUUGAAGAUGUAUUUACACUAUGGGAAGAGCUUUCUGUUGAGAACAGACGUCCCCUCAGUGUCUCUCCUCCAGAAGACUCCCUCCUCUCCAGUCAGCUGCCACGCUACAGGUUUCUACCCUGACAGAGCCAUGAUGUUCUGGAGGAAAGAUGGAGAGGAGAUUCAUGAAGGAGUGGAACAUGGAGAGAUCCUCCCCAACCAUGAUGGAUCCUUCCAGAUGAAUGUUGACCUGGACAUUUCAUCAGUCUCACCUGAAGACUGGAGGAGGUACGACUGUGUGUUUCAUCUCUCUGGUGUGGAGGACGACAUCAUCACCAAACUGGAUGAAACACAGAUCAGAACCAACUGGGUUGAGAAACCUGAUGACAUGACCUCCUCCACCACCUCCAUCAUCAUCUCUGCAGUGGUUGUUGUUGUUGUCGUCUUUGCAGCAGCUGCUGGAUUCAUGGUUUAUAAAAAGAAACAAGGUGAGCUACUUUGAUUUAGUCUUUGAGUU